CUCUUCAGCCUUGUACUUACAAGUGAGCUCAUUUGGACAAAUCCUGAUAUGUACCUGACGGGUGCAGUCAGGCUGUUCUUAUUCCAGCGUGGUGACAGGGUUAUCAUUUGAUUACUGUUUGAUAGCAUGAGCAAAGACAAGGUGGACUACAUGGUGGUUUUUCUACUUGCAUAACUGACUGGCUGCAAGGAAUCAGAAGAAACAAUGCAUGCCAGGGAAUUUCUGUUUCUGAUUGGAGCUGUUUGUCUCUACUCUCAGGUCAUCACAGCAGACACCUAUUCUGCUGAGUUGAUGGUGGAGAGCAAUGUCACUCUGGAAGCCGAGACUGUGCGGUCAUCUUUGCAAAAUACAGCUGACUUCACAGUGACUGAAAACGGCAGUCCCUUCAAAGUAACCCUGGGAGAAAACGAACUGGUAGCAGAGUGCUUGGUUUUUGGAGAUGAAUCGACCUGCAACUGCUCUGAUAAUUACACUUGGAGUAAUGAAGUCUGCUACAAAUCCAACUGCUGCCGUGAAUUGACUUGCACACAAAAUGUGUCGGACGUCACCCCACUCUGUGUGGCCAAAAUCAAAGUCAGCAUCAAUGGAUCAGUUAACCUACAAGAGAGCUGGAGUUCGGACAAAACAGCAAUGCUUAAAAAGGAAUUUGAAGUUCUGAAUGGCUUUGAGAUCCUUAAUGUGACCGAUAGGGGAGACGGCACUGCUGACUUUGAGGUAGCUGUAAGUGUCAAAUUUGAAACUUCUAGACUUCAAGCCAUAGUGACUUCGGUGGAAACCAAUAUGAACGCUGCACUGGUGGUCGACACGAAAGGAUUGGUCACCAUUGAAUCCCCAGUUGCUCCAGUGUGCUAUCAGUCUGAUCCAGUUCUGAAAUGCACAUUUGACGAGAAGACAGAAAGAGCUAGCUGGACCAUGAGCAGAAAGCAUGAGCACUUUGAGCUUGCCGAUGGAAGUGUGGUGGAACUGGAUGAAAGCUGUUCCACCAUGGAACAACAGUCUUGUGUUGGAGUAAAACUCACAUCAGUGACAGGCAUCUGGGCAGGCACAUACGAGUGUGGAUUCACCAGUGGGUCGGUCAGGCACACAGCCAAAAGCCAACUUCAUGUGGCACUUCUUCCUGAUGACAUCCUUCUGAAGAUCAACCCUCUGACUGUGGUCUGUUCAUCAGAGGAAUCUCAAGACGUUACAAUCACCGCUACCAUAUUAAGUAGCCCAGAAGUCUUCAACGUGUGGUGUACCUACAAUAGAGAAUAUCAACCUAUAUGCAACAAAACUAAUGAAGAUCACCACGUCUAUACAUUCAAAGUUUCUGUCAGUUGCAAGAAAGACGUUAAACCACACAUUGUUAGAACCACUUUUGAAAACUCCAAGAAACAAAAAAAGCAUGCAGAAGUGACUAUCCCCGUGAUUUACGAGGGCAAAGCCUUUUGCGAGGAGGAGAUGCUUGAUGGAGAGUUUUGGCCAAAAACUCCUAAUGGUGAUACAGCCAUUAACCGAACAUGUGCAGAGGACAAAACUGGCUUUAAGUCACGCACUUGUAAAGACCUGAACUGGCAGCCGGUGUUCUACUCCUGUAUCAACCAAGAUAUACAGAAUAACCUACUGGCUGCAGAUAACUUCCUGAAGGGACUAGGGGCUACACCUGAGGUGGCCAAGGACAUAUUUUCACAACUGAAGAACAGCUCAGCUGCAUUCCACUCAGACUCAAGUGACACUACAGCCAACAUUGACGCCUCCAUCAACAUUCUUAAUAAGAUGGCCGAAGCAUCAGAAAUGAUUGUCCUGUCUGAUGGCGUCUUGAAUGAUUUUGUUGGCGCAGCAAGCAUGAUGUUGGACACCACCUGGACUGGCAUCAACAAAUCUGUUUCCCAUGAUAUGUCAUCAAAUUACCUAAUGUCUGUGGAGAGUCUGGUGAAGAAUAUCAAAGUCAACAGAAGCAGUGGAAUCGACACCCAGAACUUACAGCUCGAAUUCUGUUCAAGAGAUGACUGCAAUGUGUCUGUUUUUGACAUCAAUUUGAAUCUGAACAAGAGCAGUGGAAUAAUGAAAACUCUUGCGAUAAAAAAUCUAAUGGAAAAAUUGAGAAACAACUAUCGCAAAACUGAGCCUACCAGCCUCUUAGUAUCGGCCACACUUCAAGACAGCAACGAUUCGUCAAUUGAAAUUAGACUGGACUUUCCUACUGGGUGGCAGAAUUACAGCAAACGCUACUGCGUCUUCUGGAACACCACAAAUAAUGACUGGUCAGAUAAAGGAUGCACUCUUAAAUCAAGUGACAGUUACCGAACAAUCUGCGAAUGCAACCACCUGACUUCGUUCUCCAUCCUCAUGGCAAAGUCUGAUAUAUCUACUGAAGAUCUAGAUAUGAUUACCAAUGUGGGCUUGGGUGUGUCCAUCUGCUCUUUAGUGAUCUUUCUCACCGUCGAGGCUUUAGUGUGGUCAGCUGUAGUCAAGUCUAACCUUUCACAUUUCCGUCACACAGCCCUGGUGAACAUUGCUGUGUUCCUUUUGCUUGCUGACUGCUGCUUUCUGGCUUCUUCCUCUCCUGAGGAUCUCAGUGAAAGCUUGUGCCUAGCUUUCACUGUAUGCAAACAUCUGUUUUACUUGGCCAUGUUCAGCUGGAUGCUGUGCAUGAGUGUCAUGCUUGUCCACCAACUCAUCUUUGUCUUCAGCCCACUUAGGAAAAGAGUCUUCAUGUUCCUCUCCAGCAUUGUAGGCUAUGUUUGCCCAGUGCUUAUUGUGGGCUCUAGCUAUGUCUAUUGCAAAUACACAGGGAAGAACUACUUUGAGCCAGAAGCAUGCUGGCUAGUUUUUGACGGACUCUUGGAGGGCUCCAUACAUGCUUUCGUCAUCCCAGUGGGAACCGUGAUUCUGACAAAUCUCUUUUCCAUGGUGGUCGUCAUCAUUACUCUGGUGAAGUCCUCUGCCCCUACGGACGGCAAGUCAGAUGACAAGGAGACGGUCAAAAGCAUCAUCAAAGUAGUUGUGUUUCUAACACCUGUCUUUGGAUUGACAUGGAUAAUUGGCUUUGCAAUGCUCAUGUUGAAACAAAGUGAUCCCAUGUAUCAAGUUGCCAACUACAGCUUCACCAUCCUCAACUCCUUUCAGGGCCUUUUCCUUUUGCUUACGGGGUGUUUUGCAGAGCAGAAGGUCCGAACAGAACUGAUUAGGCUUGUGAGGGCUAAAUCUAAUGGAAGAAGUGAGAGCAUGAAGAAUCUUACAUCAACCACAUACACCAAAGACAAAUGAAGACAAGAUCGGGAGACGGAGACAGCACCUCUACUUUUUAGUUUUGUGUUGUGUUAAAUUAGAGUGGAUUACAGGGGUGAAGAGGAUUGUACUCAAACUAGUUGAAUUGUUGACACAUAGAUAUAGAACACUUCUAUAUUCAUCAUGUUUAUUAGCUAGUUAUACAUAUAUAAGCUGUUUUUCAUAAAUUAUUGAUCCAGGGAGUUAAAUUUAAGUUUUAUUUUUUAGGGUAAGCCAGAUCUACAUAUUCCAUUUAUAGACUAAUUACUAACACAUAAAAUAGUUUGCUGUUACUGUAUGACACUGACUCAAACGUAAUGGUUGUUGUAUAUUUUGUUUGACCAGAUUAUAAAUCCUGUCUGUAUACUGCCAGAAUGCUGUUUGUUAAAUAUCUAGGCUUGGUUUGAUAGUUGUGUUUAAAGAAAAGUGAUAAGAACCAUAACCUGUACUUUGUGUGUGAGUAUACAUCUGUAUGAUUUAUAGACAUUUAUAUAGUGAAUCAUAUGCAACGAAAUAAAAUAGUGGAGUAUA